UUUAUUUUUUAUCAUUUUGAGAAUUUUUCAAUAAGGAAGAAAGCGUGUUCGUGAUUUUCAGAUAUUUCUGCAAAAUUGCGCAAUUUGUAUUCAACUACCGACCGGAAUUGAAUAUUUAGUUUUAAAGAUUGAUGCUGUAAGUGAAAUCGGUGAAAAUAACUUACUAGUGAAAAUGGCUGUUCGAGUUCAGUUUGAGAACAACAACGAGGUCGGGGUGUUUAGUAAAUUGACCAAUUCGUAUUGUCUGGUUGCGAUCGGAGGCUCAGAAACGUUUUACAGUGUAUUUGAAUCUGAACUUCUGGAUACGAUUCCUGUAAUUCACGCAUCUAUGGCCGGUUGUCGUAUCAUCGGAAGAUUAUCAGUUGGAAAUAGGCACGGUUUAUUGGUACCGAAUUCCACUACAGAUACAGAGUUGCAACACUUGCGAAAUUCUCUACCCGAUAGUGUUAAAAUUCAGCGAAUAGAAGAACGACUGUCAGCGUUGGGCAAUGUUAUUGCAUGUAAUGAUUAUGUGGCUUUAGUGCAUCCAGAUUUAGAUAAAGAAACCGAAGAAAUUUUGAUGGACACACUGAAAGUUGAAGUAUUUCGUCAAACUGUCGCUUCGAAGCAAGUUGUGGGUUCAUAUUGCGCUUUAUCAAAUCAAGGCGGUAUUGUUCAUCCUCACACACCUACUAAUGAGCUAGAUGAGUUAUCUUCUCUUUUACAAAUUCCCUUGGUGGCGGGAACUGUGAAUCGAGGUUCAGAAUUGAUAGGUGGCGGAAUGGUUGUUAAUGAUUGGCACGCGUUUUGUGGAAUGGACACGACAUCUACAGAAAUAUCGGUAAUAGAAAAUGUUUUCAAAUUAGGAGAAGCACAACCAUCUUACAUUACGACGAAGAUGAGAUCAUCAUUAAUCGAUAGCAUUUCGUAAUCCGACACGAUGAACAUGUUCCAGAAUUCAUGUAAAUUUCUAUGAAACUUUUUAUUUUACCCAAUAAUUUGUACUUAUUAAUCAAAUAUAAAAAUUCGCGGUAAUUUUAA